AUGCAAAUAGUUCGCCGGAGAAAAUCCUCCGGCGAACUCGGUGACGACUUGCUCUCCCGUUUCAUCUCCGAGUCCUCGUCUUACUCCGACGAGUUCCUCCGUGACAUCAUCGUCAGCUUCGUUCUCGCCGGCCGUGACACCACUUCCGCUACUCUCACUUGGUUCUUUUACCUCAUAUCAAUCCACCCGGAAGUGAAAACCAAGUUGCUCGACGAGCUGCGCGCAGUGCGCGCGCGUGGAGCGCGCGAAGGAGAGCUCACGGUCGAGCAAGUUAAAGGAUUGAACUACAUGCACGCGGCGUUAUCGGAGACGUUGAGGCUUUACCCGCCGGUGCCGCUGCAAACGAGGGCGUGUGCGGAGAGUGAUGUGUGGCCGGAUGGGACGAAGGUGAAGAAGGGAAAGACGGUGAUGUAUAGUGCGUAUGCGAUGGGGAAGUCGGAGAAGAUUUGGGGGAGUGAUUGGGAGGAGUUUAGGCCGGAGAGGUGGAUGGAUGAAGGGGAGUUUAGAGCAGUGAAUGCGUUUAAGUUUCCGGUGUUUCAUGCAGGGCCGAGGAUGUGUUUGGGGAAGGAGAUGGCGUAUGUGCAGAUGAAGACGGUGGUGGCGGCGGUGAUGGAGAGGUUUGAGAUUGAGGUGGUGGAUGAGGUGAAGAAGAAGAGGGAGGUGGAGUUUACUAUGAUUCUAAGGAUGAAGGGUGGGUUGCCGGUUAGGGUUCGGAGGAAGACGAUGAUGAUGAAUGAUGAUGGAACUGUUGAGAUUUGA